CGCUCUCCUUCCCACCCCUAGGUCAUGUGACGGGCUGGAGCCGCCGGGGCGGAAGCCGGGGUCCUGCCAGCUUGAAACCUACCUCCGGCGACACUGAGGUACCCCUGCGGCGGGGGAGGGGAUCCCGAGUUUGCGCUGCCGGCUGACAGGUUCUUUAAUGGAGCAGUCAUUUGGUCCACAGACCUGGUUUUACUUCAUGUUCUACAGACCCCAACUCUGAAGCCCAUUAAUCAUUUCCACCAUCAAGGUUGGAGUCCCACGAUGUUGGACUUCCUGGCUGAAAACAACCUCUGUGGCCAGGCUAUCCUGAGGAUCGUUUCCUGUGGCAAUGCCAUCAUUGCUGAGGUGCUGCGGCUCUCUGAGUUUAUUCCUGCUGUGUUCAGGCUAAAAGACCGAGCUGACCAGCAGAAAUAUGGAGAUAUCAUAUUUGACUUCAGCUAUUUUAAGGGUCCAGAGUUAUGGGAAAGCAAACUGGAAGCUAAACCAGAGUUACAGGAUUUAGAUGAAGAAUUUCGAGAAAACAACAUAGAAAUUGUGACCAGAUUUUAUUUAGCCUUUCAAAGUGUGCAUAAAUACAUUGUAGACUUGAACAGAUACCUUGAUGAUCUCAGUGAAGGUGUUUAUAUUCAGCAAACCUUAGAAACGGUGCUCCUCAAUGAAGAUGGAAGGCAACUUCUAUGUGAAGCUCUGUACUUAUAUGGAGUUAUGCUGCUGGUCAUCGACCAAAAGAUUGAAGGAGAAGUCAGAGAAAGAAUGCUGGUUUCUUACUAUCGAUACAGUGCCGCUCGGUCCUCUGCUGAUUCAAAUAUGGAUGAUAUUUGUAAGCUGCUGAGAAGUACAGGGUAUUCUAGCCAGCCAGGAGCCAAAAGACCUCCCAACUAUCCCGAGAGCUAUUUCCAGAGAGUGCCUAUCAAUGAAACCUUCAUCAGCAUGGUCAUUGGGAGGCUGAGAUCUGAUGACAUUUACAACCAGGUCUCUGCCUACCCUCUGCCGGAGCAUCGUAGCACUGCCCUGGCCAAUCAGGCUGCCAUGCUCUACGUGACUCUCUAUUUUGAACCUUCCAUUCUUCACACCCACCAAGCAAAAAUGAGAGAGAUUGUGGAUAAAUAUUUUCCAGAUAAUUGGGUAAUCAGUAUUUAUAUGGGGAUCACAGUUAAUCUAGCUGAUGCAUGGGAGCCUUACAAAGCUGCAAAGACUGCUUUAAACAAUACCCUGGACCUCUCAAAUGUCAAAGAACAGGCAAGCAGAUACGCUAGUGUCAGUGAAAGAGUGCACACUCAGGUGCAGCAGUUUCUGAAAGAAGGCUGCUUGAGGGAGGAGCUGGUUCUUGACAACAUCCCAAGGUUGCUGAACUGCCUGAGAGACUGCAAUGUCGCCAUCCGCUGGCUGAUGCUUCACACAGCUGACUCAGCCUGUGAUCCAAAUAACAAACGCCUUCGUCAAAUCAAGGACCAGAUUCUGACAGACUCUAGGUACAAUCCCAAGAUCCUCUUCCAGUUGCUCUUGGAUACUGCACAAUUUGAGUUUAUACUCAAAGAGAUGUUCAAGCAAAUGCUUUCAGAGAAGCAGGCCAAGUGGGAGCACUACAAGAAGGAGGGCUCCGAGCGGAUGACCGAGCUUGCUGAUGUGUUUUCAGGGGUGAAACCACUAACCCGGGUGGAGAAAAAUGAAAACCUUCAAGCUUGGUUCAGAGAGAUCUCAAGACAAAUACUGUCUUUAAAUUAUGAUGAUUCUACUGCUGCAGGCAGAAAAACUGUACAACUAAUACAAGCUUUGGAGGAGGUUCAGGAGUUUCACCAGCUGGAAUCAAAUCUGCAAGUGUGCCAGUUUCUUGCUGACACCCGCAAGUUUCUCCAUCAGAUGAUCAGAACCAUUAACAUUAAGGAGGAGGUCCUGAUCACAAUGCAAAUCGUCGGGGACCUUUCUUUUGCCUGGCAGUUAAUUGACAGUUUUACAUCCAUCAUGCAAGAAAGCAUAAGGGUUAACCCCUCCAUGGUUACCAAACUCAGAGCAACAUUCCUAAAGCUUGCCUCUGCCCUUGAUCUACCCCUUCUCCGUAUUAAUCAAGCAAACAGCCCAGACCUCCUCAGCGUGUCUCAGUAUUAUUCCGGGGAAUUGGUGUCAUAUGUAAGGAAGGUUUUACAGAUCAUUCCAGAAAGCAUGUUCACGUCUCUUCUAAAGAUCAUAAAGCUUCAGACGCAUGACAUCAUUGAAGUGCCUACCCGACUGGACAAAGACAAGCUGAGAGACUAUGCUCAGCUUGGCCCACGAUAUGAGGUUGCCAAGCUUACUCAUGCUAUUUCCAUUUUCACCGAAGGCAUCUUAAUGAUGAAAACGACUCUGGUUGGCAUCAUCAAGGUGGAUCCCAAGCAGUUGUUGGAAGACGGAAUAAGGAAGGAGCUAGUUAAAAGGGUUGCUUUUGCUCUCCACAGGGGACUCAUAUUCAACACUCGGGCCAAGCCAAGUGAACUGAUGCCCAAGCUGAAAGAUCUGGGAGCUACAAUGGACGGAUUCCAUCGCUCUUUUGAGUACAUACAGGACUACGUCAACAUUUAUGGGCUGAAGAUUUGGCAGGAAGAAGUCUCUCGCAUUAUAAAUUAUAACGUGGAACAAGAAUGUAAUAACUUCUUAAGAACAAAGAUUCAAGAUUGGCAAAGUAUGUACCAGUCCACUCAUAUUCCUAUACCAAAGUUCACCCCUGUGGAUGAAUCCAUGACAUUUAUUGGUCGUCUCUGCAGAGAAAUCCUACGGAUCACAGACCCAAAAAUGACUUGUCACAUAGACCAGCUGAACACCUGGUAUGACAUGAAAACUCAUCAAGAAGUAACCAGCAGUCGCCUCUUCUCAGAAAUCCAGACCACCUUAGGGACUUUUGGUCUGAAUGGGUUGGACAGGCUUCUGUGCUUCAUGAUUGUGAAAGAGUUACAGAAUUUCCUCAGUAUGUUUCAGAAAAUUAUCCUGAGAGAUAGAAUUGUUCAAGAUACUUUGAAAACCCUCAUGAAUGCUGUCAGCCCCCUAAAAAGCAUUGUAGCAAAUUCAAGUAAAAUUUAUCUUUCUGCCAUCACCAAAACACAGAAGAUUUGGAAUUCUUACCUAGAGGCUAUAAUGAAGGUUGGGCAGAUGCAGAUUUUGCGACAACAGAUUGCCAAUGAGUUAAAUUAUUCCUGUCGAUUUGAUUCCAAGCAUCUGGCAGCUGCUCUGGACAACCUUAAUAAGGCGCUCCUGGCUGAUAUUGAAGCCCACUAUCAGGACCCUUCACUUCCUUACCCCAAAGAAGAUAACACACUCUUAUAUGAAAUUACAGCUUAUCUGGAGGCAGCUGGAAUUCACAACCCACUAAAUAAGAUUUAUAUAACAACAAAGCGCUUACCUUAUUUCCCAGUUGUCAACUUUCUAUUUUUGAUUGCUCAGUUGCCAAAACUUCAGUACAACAAAAAUCUAGGCAUGGUCUGCCGGAAACCUGCCGACCCUGUUGACUGGCCACCACUCAUCCUGGGUCUGCUUACUCUGCUAAAGCAAUUUCACUCCCGGUACACUGAGCAGUUCCUGGCACUGAUUGGUCAGUUUAUCCGCUCCACAAUGGAGCAGUGCACAAGCCAGAAGAUACCUGAAAUGCCUGCAGAUGUUGUGGGUGCCCUUAUGUUCCUAGAGGAUUAUGUUCGGUACACAAAGCUCCCCCGGAGGGUUGUUGAAGCACAUGUGCCCAAUUUCAUUUUUGAUGAGUUCAGAACAGUCCUGUGACUUACUUUUCCUGCUUAAGUCUGUGACUAAAAUGAAUUUGGAGAUGAAGAAACUUGAAGGCUUAUGUAUCUGUAUUUCCCCCUCCAUUGUGAGAAUGGCAGACAUUCUAAGGAAGAUGCCUCACAACUCUACUUAAUAUAAUUAAUAUUGUUUAAAUCAUGGUAUUAUAUGCAGUUCAUAUCACAUAAAAGAACACUUUUUUGUACUGCCUCUAAUAAAUGCUGAAUGUAAUUGCUAUAUAUGAAUCCGUUUAGUUUUAUGUUCUAAAGAGCUAUUUGUGUGACUCCAGAUUUUCAGUAAAAUAGUGUUGCUAGUA